AUGAAGUGGCUGAUCCUAGCACUGGUUUUUCUGCACCUAUCCGAAGGUCUGGACAGAAUGAUUCUGAAGAAAGGGAAGUCAAUUAAGGACAACAUGAAAGAAAAAGGAGUGCUGGAGGAAUUUCUGAAGAACCACCGUGUGGACCCUGCACUGAAAUACCAGUUGAAUGACUACACUGUUGUUUAUGAACCAAUAACCAAUAACUUGAAUUCUUACUACUUUGGAGAGAUUAGUAUUGGGACUCCACCUCAGAACUUCCGGGUUCUCAUGGACACUGGAUCUUCCUAUCUUUGGGUACCUUCCGUGUACUGCAAAACCAGAGCUUGUGGUAACCAUGAAGUUUUCGACCCUAGUUUAUCCUCUACAUACUCUGCCACACAAGAGACAUUUACCAUGUACUAUGGCUUUGGUGAUGUUUCUGUCAGGCUAGGCUAUGAUACCGUGAGGAUCCAGAAUACUGUAAUUGAGAACCAGGCAUUUGGCCUGACUGAAUACGAACCCCCCUAUCCUUUCUACUAUGCCAGUUUUGAUGGGAUUUUGGGGAUGGCUUAUGGAUCCUUGUCAGGAGGCCUGCUCCCUGUCACACAGCAGCUGGUGAAACAAGGGCAGCUUUCAGAACCCAUCUUCAGUUUCUAUUUCUCACGGGAACCCACUGAGCAGUAUGGAGGGGAACUAAUCUUGGGAGGUAUUGACAAUCAGCUGUUCACAGGAGAAAUUACUUGGACACCUGUCACCUAUGACGUUUAUUGGCAGAUUGGUAUUGAGGAGUUUACCAUAGGAAAUAAAGCCACUGGCUGGUGCAGUGAAGGCUGCCAGGCAAUUGUAGAUACUGGCACUUGUCAGCUUACUGUCCCAGGCGAGUACAUGGAGAGCUUCAUGCAAGCUGUGGGAGUUGAACCAGCCAGCGAUGGUGAGUUGUUGGUUGACUGCAAUAACGUCCAGAAUAUGCCCACCAUCACCUUUGUCAUUAAUGGAGCCCAGUUGCCGCUGCCUCCCUCUGCCUACGUCUCCAACAACAAUGGACGCUGUACAGUUGUAGUUGGGCCCACAUAUUUGCAUUCCUGGGUUCGCCAACCUCUAUUUAUCCUUGGUGAUGUCUUCCUUAAGGAGUAUUAUUCUGUCUUUGACAUGGCCAACAAUAGGGUGGGCUUCGCACCAUCAGCUUAG